AACUGGGACUCACUUUCCAAUUUACCCAACGAAAGCACAGUCCACUUCAAGCCACCACAUCUAAACACCAUGCGUCUGUACAACGUUCUGAUGGCUACCACCGUUGCCCUUCUUGCUGCUUGCACGAGCGGCCUUGAGGCUGCAGGCACCACCAAGAACGGCUUCUGCGCGAAGCCGCGCAUCCAGAUCACGGAUGUUGAUGUCGGUGCUGCUGUUGAGGCCAACGAGGACGAAGCUGCUCUCAAGCUGGUUGCCAUCGCUGCUAUCCCCGGCGGUGGUUCGCGUGUCGCCUUCCAGAGCGGCGACAGCAUCAUUGUUCGUCAGCUCGACGCUAACGACAAGCUCGUGGCUAGCAGCCCUGCCGUCAAGGUGCCGCUGCACGACUUCGCUGACAUCUACGCCGACAAGAACGGCUUCGUGAUCCUCGGCACGAGAGAUGCUGAGGGUGGUGGCACCCUCAACUGUGGUAACCCGAGCAACCUGUGUGGUGGCGGUCCUAGCCCGGCCGUUCCGUGCUACGACAUGUACAUGGUUCGCUACGACGGCGGUGACCGCAAGAUCUAUGCGCAGGUGCUGGAUUCGGCGACGGGCAAGGCCAUCAGCGACAAGGUGACUGUGGACAAGUCUGUGGUGGGUAACCGCUACCAGGCUCUGAAGACGUACCCGGACGGCAGUGUGGCGUAUCUGUCGAAGGGCAAGACUGGCACCUCCCUGCAGGUGGUUCGCUUCUUCGGAUGCUAAGUUGUUGCAGAAUGCGACGCAAAA